AUGAUUCUUAUCAAUGUGAGGAACAUUAUUGGCACGGGCAAGCUUAUCCCAUGUCAGAGGAAAACCAUAUUCGAAAUGAUCUUUCGAUUCAUGAAAAACAAAAGAAGAGGGUUAAAGGAACAACCAAGGAAAAAGCCUAUAGACAUAGAAAAGAAAAUAAAGAAUCCUAAGAAAUAUGAAGAGAAAAUGCACUUUGAUACGUUAAGUAAAGGAGAAUUAUAUUUGCCUGAAUCAUGUAAAGCGAAAAAAUUAGCAAUGCUAUGCAAUCGUUUAUACUAUUUUAACAUAAAUGAUGAGGAAUUAUUAGAUAGAUAUGCUGAAAGAGCUGUUGUUAUUGUUAAUAGCAUGAAUACAAAAGAGAUGUCUUUAGUGUUAAAUACAAUGAGAAAAUUUAAUCACAAAAAUGAGAAGUUACUGGAAGCAUUUGCAAAACAUAUACCAAGGAAAUUACACAAAGGGGUACCUCAAGAUAUUUCAUUAAUAUUAAAUGCAUAUGCUCAUUUCAAUUUUAUUGACAACAAUUUAUUCAGUCGAAUAUGUGAAGAAAUACCCCAUAAAAUCCCUUAUUUUGAACAUAGUCAUAUAUCUAGUGUUAUUAAUGCCUUUUACAAAUUAAAAAUAAAGGACAAAAUUAUUAUUGCUGAUAUGGUUGAUGAAAUUAUUGAACGAAUUGAUGAAUUCGAUACAAAGUCAUUGACAAAUAUUAUCAACUGUUUUUCAAAAAUGAAUUACAAAAAUGAAAAUAAAAAAAUUAUAUGGACUAAAUUUAUAGAAGCAGUUAAGAGAUUAUAUAAAGAAUUUAACUUUUUAGAAAUUGUAUUAGUAACUAACGCUUUUUGUAAGAAAAAAAUGAAAAAUCAAAAUGUCUAUAAAUUUUUAAGUGAAAUUUUAUCUUAUCAUAUUUUUAAAAUGACAUCCUUAAAUGAUACUAACGCUUUUCUGCUUUGCACAAUUGCUCAUGCUUUUUCGAAGGUUAAAUAUUAUUCAAAAGAAUUAUUUGAUUACAUCAUUUCUCAUUUUUCAAACAAGAAAAAUUAUGUAUCUUUAGACACUCAGCACUUUUCUCAGUUAAUUUAUUCUUGUUCUGUUUUUUCCCUGAACAAUGAAUUAUUUCUUGACGUUUUUACUAAAAUGGUGUGUACAAGACUAGAUGAAAAGUAUCACUUGAAUGAGCAAACGUUGUCUACUAUUGCUUAUUCUUUUGCAAAAUUAAAAUUUAGAGAUACAAAUUUUUUUGUUUUGUUAUCUUCAUAUAUUAUUAAAGAGAAAAUUUCUUUAUCCCCGCAAAGCUUAAGUUUACUUUGCUACAGCUACUCAAAAUUAAAAAUAAAAUCCGAAUUGUUUUUUUACAUUUUAUCCCUUCAAAUCAUUCAAAAUAUGAACAAGUUUACUAAACAAGGUUUGUCUAUAAUCUUAAGUGCCUACUCAAAUUUAAGAAUUUUUAAUGUGAAAAUGUUUUCUCUGAUUAAUAAGUAUUUAAAUUUGUACGUAGAAAAUUGCACGAAUGAGGAGUGUACACUAAUUUGCAAAAAUUAUGAACAUGCAAUAAGGUGUAUAGAUGACGAAAUAGGGCCAAAAAUGGAAAAAUCGGUUGAAAUGGAUAGUGUGAACGAAAUGGGUAAAGUACAUGAAAUGGACAUAAUUGACAAGAAGAAUGACAAACUAUCGGGGGAAAGCAAUGAGCGCAAUUCUUUUCUAGUCAGAACGUCAAAUAUAAAAAAAGAGUUAGGGGAUUUUGUUCAAAUUUUAAAAAUCAAAAUGCAGCAUUUUGAAGAGAAGAAAAAAUUAACUCAGGAACAUGCAGGAUUUCAUUUGAUGGAUGAAAAAGGUCAAAUGGGUGAGGAACAUAGCGAAGUUGAAGUGGAGGAGAAUGACGAAAGUUUUUUCUCCAUUUUUAAUGAAAAUGAUAUUCUAUGCGAUGAACCUAAAGAUGGUACUACUAAUAGAAGUGAUAAUAACAGUGAACAACCUAGCCAUUUCAUAAACCCGGAUGUGCUAUUCAAUAACAUGGAUGAUCAUGCUGACGAUAUUAAGAAAAAAGAAACUACUUUAAAAAUGUAUGAAAAAAUGUUUUUAACAGACACACAAGGAACUACUUAUAAUAGCAAGGAAGUUCCCUUAGUGAAUAGCAGAUUAAAUAAACAACUUUGUAAUAUUUUAGAUAAUCAGAAUAGUAAAAUAAACGAAAAUAAGUAUCAAAUUCUUGAUGAGAAGGGAAAUCGUAAGACAAAAAGUCUUUUAGAGCUAAUGACCUCGAACAAACCACCAAAAGUAAAUUACGAAAAGGAAAAAUUAAUAAAAUCCGCUGAACAAGUAGAAACAGAAUUUAUAAAAGAAUACAUAAACGAACAAAAUAAAUCUAAUGAAAAUGAUAAAAUUGGAAGAAAAUUCAAAAAAAGAAAAAAAAAAAUUCAAAAAAUUUUGUCGAAAAAGUACGAACCAGUAGAUGAUCUUACCACCUUACAAGAAAAAUGGAGGAACUUUUAUAAAAAUUGA